ACUCUAUUUUUAUCAAUUUAAAUAAAACCCUAAUUUAUACACCAUAACCUAUUACUUUUCAUUUCAAUUAUUUACAGUAUAUGCUUUUACCUUAUAAUAAUCUCUUUAUAUUUUCAUGAUUUUUAAUUGUUUCAUUUCAUCAGGUUAUAUAUCUGGAUGAACAAACUUUUUCAUGCGUUUUGUGAGUAGCACCAAAAAAUGAAACCAAAUAGCAAUGAGAUGCUGGGUGCACAGAGGGGGAAAAAGUUGCAGGGUCAAGGCCCAAACUGGAUUCUAAUAGCAGGUGGCGCUUUAUUAAGUACACUAUCGGUUCGUCUUGGUUAUAGGCUUAAACAGGUUCUCGACUCAAGGCAGCCACAAAAAAUGAACAAUGGUUUGAAAGAAAAUGGGAAACAUGCGGGCAGAAAGAGGGCAGGGAAAUGUUGUUCACACUCAAACUUGUAUUGUUUUGAACAGGAUGAUGGUUGCUUCAAUUGUGUUUCAGGAACCGAAGGUGACAGCGAGAUUAAGCCACAACACAACGGCCAGUUGCAUACAGAAGCAGAAAUGGGACUCCCUCUAGUGACUGUCUCGGCACCGGUUUACAACAAAGAAAACGGUGUAAUGUGGGCAUCCUCGCCCGACAGACUUGAACUACCUCAGAAGCCAUUCCACCAGUCAAACAGCUCAGACUCUCCAUGUGUCUCUGAUUCAGGUUCUGACAUUUUCAGCAAACGUGAAGUAAUUCAAAAACUGAGACAACAGUUGAAAAGACGGGAUGACAUGAUACUGGAAAUGCAAGAUCAAAUAGCCGAAUUGCGAAAUUCUUUAAGCUCCCAGCGUUCCCAUUCAGACCAUCUGCAAUCACUCUUAGAAGCUGCAAAUAGGGAUCUUUUUGAUUCAGAAAGAGAAAUUCAGAGACUAAGAAAGGCAAUUGCCGAUAUUUGUGUUGGACAACCAGGAUCCGCUGAAAAACCAUAUGGAAGUUCAAAUGGUUAUGUAGAGGUCGAGAGCAGUUUUGAUGAUAAAGUUGAGAUGUUGAAAAGGGAAGUAGGGGAGUUAAAAGAAUUGAUAGAAGGGAAAGAUUAUCUUCUUCAGAAUUACAAGGAGCAGAAAUCUGAGCUUUCUUUGAAGGUCAAGGAAUUGCAGCAUAGGUUGGAUUCUCAAGUACCAAAUAUUUUGUAGGGUUUUUUAUUUUAACUUUCUUGUGUAUUCUUUCUCCAGUAAGCUUCAAUUUUGCCUUUUGGGUGUUUUUCUAUUUAAGUUGUCUUAUGAUUUGGUGUGAAUACGUAGAAGAAAACCGUGGAUGAAUACGGUACAUGGAUCCUUAGAAGCUCAACAAUGAGAUGAGAAUAGUAAUGUUUUGAUGUUUCAUAUUUUUGGGAUCCAGUUUUCUUGUUUUAUA